CCCACCAUCGUGGAGUACUAUGGCGCCUUCCACGAUGACGCCCACCUGUACAUCGUGAUGGAGCACUGCGGCGGGGGCGACCUGCUGGAGAAGCUGCUGCGCGACAAGAAGGCGAUGAACGAGCGGAAGGUGGCGGUGGAGGUGGCCUACCCCUGCCUGGCAAUCCUCAAGAAGAUGCACGAGAUGCGCAUCAUCCACAGGGACAUCAAGCUGGAGAACAUCUUCAUCGACGACCAAGGCAGGGUG